AGUUGUGUAAAAUGUCCUUACCCAAGCCCCAGUACACUGCCGUGUCGGGAACAAGGAGAAUAUGGAAGAAGACCUGGACGACGUCGUUCCAUGUUCAUCCCUCGCUGUUGAGUCUAUCCUUCGCGUCGGAACGGCUGGUGCAAUUUGGGGAUUAUGUACUGGUCCCUACGACGCUCGUAUACAAGGUCUUAAAGGCAUUCCCAAAGCUUAUUUUGUGGCAAACUCGGUUCGUGUUUUUGGGACUCAAUGUGGACUUGUAGCUGGAGUUUUCAGCAUUACUCGCUGCGGGGUUAAGAAAUACCGGAGACGCAACGAUUGGGUCAAUGGUUUGAUUGCGGGAGCUGUAGCAGGUGCAGCUGUUGCUGCUAGGACACGAAGUUGGCCGCAAGUGGUUGGGAUGGCCGGUUUAGUUUCUGUUUUCUGUGCUGCAGCUGACUAUUCCAGAACAUAAAGUGCAUUUGUUAGAAAUUGUGACAGAAGAAUAUACGAUAGUCAUAAGUUUCUCAGUAUACAUCAACAGGUCAAAAUUGUUGCGGUUUGGCAGUUUUCAACUAUCGUACAUUUUGUUUUUACGACAUGUAAAUGUAUAUAUUUAUUCAUGUGUUUAGACUUUAGAGUAAUUUCAGCCCUGUUUCUCUUCAUAGUCCACACAAAAAAAACGUACAUCACAAAAAUGUUCUUCCUUGUCCUCAAAGUAAGACGGUUUCUCACACAUGGAAAAUUUUGUCGAGCUUGAUUUUUUUCUUUUUAUAGAAUGUUGAGUUCAGUUUGAUAUUUAGAUCAAACAUAGUGAACAUUAUGUUAUUACAGUGUUAUCAUUAUUAUUA